AUGCAUAAUCUCUAUCUUUUAACUAUCUUUCUCGUAUCUUUUUUCUGUUUCCUUUCUUUAUAUUUCCCUUUCCUUUCUUUAUUUUUUUCUUUUUCCUUUAUUAUUUUCGUUUUAGGUUAUUUUUUUUUUUGUUCUCCUUUCUUUGCUCAUUCGUUUUCCUUUCUUCCUUUUACACGUCGGCUGUUUGAUAUUUUCUUCCCGAUUUUCAUUCUUCCUAUUUUUCACUAUAUCUCCCAUGAUACAUUUUUCACUCUCCUUCUGUUCUUACUCUCCUUCUGUUCUUACUCUCCUUCUGUUCUUACUCUCCUUCUUUCCUUAUUCUCUUUCAUUAAUUACUCUCUUUUUCUUCUUACUUUCUUUUUUUUCUUACUCUCUUUCAUACAUUACUCUCAUUUUUUACUCUCUUUCGUUUAUUACUCUCUUUCAUUUAGCACCCUUUUUAUUUUCUUACUCUCUUUUUCUUCUUACUAUCUUUUUCUUCUUACUCUCUUUUCUUACUCUCUCUCUUUUCUUAUUCUGUUUCUUACUCUCUUUCUCUGCUUACUAACUUUCUUUUCUUACUCUCUUUCAUUAAUUACUCUCUUUCUUUUCUUACUCUCUUUCAUUUAUUACUCUCUUUCAUUUAUUACUCUCUUUGCUGACAGUUACAACACUAUCUAUCUAUCUAUCUAUCUAUCUAUCUAUCUAUCUAUCUAUCUAUCUAUUAUAUACCGUCGUUCUUUCUUUCUUGUUCCUUUCUCCUUCUUGUUCUCUCAUUCUUUUCCUUCCCUCUUUCUUUUACUUCUCCCUUUCCUGUUCUUCUCUUUCUUGUUCUUCAGUCUUUCUUUUAAUUCUCUCUUUCCUUCUUUCUCUCUCCACACUUCUAGCCUUUCUCUCACCACCUCUCCUAGCCUUUCUCUCACCACCUCUCCUAGCCUUUCUCUCACCACCUCUCCUAGCCUUUCUCUCACCACUUCACCUAGCCUUUCUCUCACCACCUCUGCUAGCCUUUCUCUCCACACCUCUCCUAGCCUUUCCCUUCUAGCUUCUCUCACCACCUCUUCUCAUCUUUCUCUCCCACUCUCUCUCUCUCCUAGUCUUUUUCACCACAUUAUCUCCUAG